AUGUAUUCCUCUUCCAAUUCCUUCUUGAACCCCAAUGCGGCUCGCGCUGGCCAACCGCAGUAUGGCCAACCUCAGCAGCCAUUUGCAGGUUUUCAGCAACAGCAGCAGCAGCCCACUGGGUUUGCGCCGCAGCCGACAGGCUUUGCGGGCGGCCAGAUGCAGUCGAUGCAACCGCAACCUACCGGAUUUCCCGGAGGCCCAUUUCAGCAAUCGUCGUUCCAACCGCCUCCCCAACCUCCGCAGAUGACGGGGUAUCCUUCACAGAACCAGGCUUCCCCCUUUCAGCAACAGCAGCAACAGCCACAAGCGACGCAACAACAGUCGCUUGCUGCACCCCCAAUGCCUUCCCGCCCUGCUGGUCAGACCUCUUCACAGAUCGCGCAAUCGUUCCAACAAAGCUCUACCCCAACUCCUCAGGCACCUCAGCCCCAUUCGACGUCGAAGAUCCCGAAUAUGCGCCUUUCCUUCAUUACAUCGCAAGACCAGGCGAAAUUUGAGCAGCUUUUCAAAUCUGCGGUUGGAGAUGGGCAAUCAAUGGACGGUGAUACGGCAAGGGAUCUCCUUCUGCGCUCGAAGCUACCAGGGAGCGAUUUGUCGAAGAUUUGGGUUUUAUCUGACACCACAAAGUCGGGGCACCUUCUUUUCCCGGAGUUUGCGUUGGCUAUGUACCUAUGUAAUCUGCGGUUAACUGGCCGUGAACUCCCUUCGAUGCUCCCCGAACGAGUUCGAAACGAAGUAUCCAGCAUGGUGGAUAUCAUUUCAUUCGCUGUUCCGGAUGACCACCCUCCCGCUGUGCCGAAAACAAACGUACCCAGUUUUGAGCAGCCUUUAAUGCAAAAUACGUCCGCGCCACCAGCUCCGCAGCAGCCACAGCCUCAACAGCCUUCUAAUUCACAGCUUUUGUCGCAGCUAACGGCGCAGCCAACCGGCUUCUAUAACCAGGCAACCGGGUUUCAGCCGCCGUCUCUUGCACCCCAGCCGACAGGCUUUCCUCCACAAAAUACUUCUCUUCGAAUGCAGCCGACCGGACUUCAACCCAAUCCGCAGGCGACGGGCUAUACUGGGCCACGUCCUCCGAUGCCGCCGAUGCCUGCUGGGUUUGGCUCGAACUUACCUCCCUCGCAAACUGGUGCAACCGGCUUAACCGCCCAGCCAACAGGAAUGCCGGGCCAGUGGGGGUUUGUCAAUGCACCAGCUACCGGACUACCGAAUAUUGAAGCAUUGAAGCAGCGGUUGAUGCCACAGCCUGGUCGAGAAGGCGGCUAUACGACAGCAGGCCUUUCUGGAAACGCGACUAUUCCAUGGGCUGUAACCAAAGACGAAAAGAAGAUUUAUGACCAGUUGUUCCGCGCUUGGGACGGCCUCGGAAAAGGCUUCAUUGGCGGCGAUGUAGCCAUUGAAAUCAUGGGCCAGAGUGGCUUGGACCGUCAAGACUUGGAACGUAUUUGGACGCUUUCGGACCCCUACAACCGGGGCCGUUUGAAUAUGGAUGAAUUCGCUGUUGCGAUGCAUUUGAUUUACAGAAAGUUAAACGGGUAUCCCAUACCAAAUCGUUUACCUCCUGAGCUGAUCCCUCCUUCAAAACGAAACCUUGACGAUUCCAUCGGUACUGUGAAAUCUAUGUUGUCUCAGGAUGCAGAGCAGCGAAAGGCAUCAGGUGCUUUUCUCCAGCCGCAGAAAACUGGAGUUAGUUAUCUCAAAACUCAUUCUUUCCGUACCGGAUCUGCGUCCCCUGGAGUUGGCAGAAAGGAUGCGACUGUUUUCAAAAAUAAUGACGACGCAGCAGCGUACAAGUCGAGCGCCCGUCGCCGUGCUGGCGGCACCCCAUCUCCUUCGCCUUCUUCCACUCCGGCUGAGAAGGUUAAUGAUGACCUCCCUGUUGAACAAUUGAAGAAAAAGAUCCACGAGACAAAGAUUAUGUUGGACGCAACGGAUUUCAGGGACGAAAGCCGCGCAGAAGAGGACGAAGUACUCAACCGAAGGGAUAGGAGAGAGGCAGAGUCUCUCAUGGAACGCAUCCGACGGGUCCAAGACGAUAUUGACACGGAUCCCAAAGCGGCGUUCCGGAACGCUGACGCCGGCGCUGAGCGGCGUUCUUUAAGGCGUCAACUCCAAGCCUUCCAGGAUCAAUUACCACAAUUAGCGUCGGAUGUUCGUAAGCUAGAACGAUCUAUCGCAGAUAGCAAGCUAGAGCUAUUCCGGCUGAAGGACGCAAAAUUACAUCCUGGAACAGCAAUGGAUAUUAUUGGUACAGGCCCUGGUGGUGCUAUCACAGAAGCGGAUCGCAUCAAAGCUCGUGCCCGUGCAAGGAUGCAAGCUAGAGCAGCUGAGCUUGCAGGCCGACCACCGCCACAGGUUGACGAUGGAUCCGCUACACGACGCCUUGAAGAAGAAAAGGCAAGCGUGAUGGCCGAACGAGAGCGCCAUGAUGCUAUGACUCGGGAGGUUGAAGAGAGCGUAAAGGAGUUCUCUUUGAGCCUCGAAGAUAACCUAAAAGACCAAGAUGAAAACUCUACUCGUGAUCAUGAGAGGCGCCGCUGGGAGGAAGCCCUCGGGGUCGAGGAUCAAAUCAGAGAUUUCAUCUAUGAUUUGCAGCGGAACCGUAAAACAGCGAAAAUCCGCAAGGAUGAGGAACGCGCAUCCCGCGCCGAUAGCUCUUCUUACUUGCGCGCCGGAAACCAAUAUAAAAGUCCUUCUGCUAACGGUGAUGCUCAAAGAGAGGCGUCUCCCCUUCGGUCUACAUCUACAUCUCCUUCAUUUGCAGGAAUGACGCACGAAGAGCGUGUUCUAUCUGCACGGGAGCGUGCCCAAAAACGCAUUGCCGAAAGGAUGGCUGCUGCAGGUUUGAAACCUAGUUCCGAUACCGGUCCAUCCAUGUCGGACCGCCAGGAACGCGAGAGGCGAGAAAAGGAAGAGAGGCGUAAGCGCGCUGAAGAAGAAGAUGCGAAACGUGAAGCGGAGAGGCAACGGCGCCUUGCCCAGGAGAAGUCUGCAACAGCAGCUCCUCCUCCCAAGCCCGCAUCUAAAAAGCCGCCACCGCCUCCGUCCCGAAAAGCUAGGACUGACGGCAGUGAAACUUCGGAAGCGAAGAAGGCUGAAGAGACUGCUCUCGCUCUUAGAGCCAAAGCGCAGCAAGAGGAGAAAGAAAGAAUCCUAAGACAUGAACAGGAAGCGCAAGGAGCUGAGCGUAAACGACUUGAAGAGGAAGCUAGGUAUCAGGAAGAGGAACUUGCACGUGAGAAGCAGGCUGCUCAAGCUCGACUUCAAGCCCUAGAGGAGCAAGUUAGACAGGGCAAAAUAAAGAAGCAAGAAGAGAAACGUCGUAAGCAACAAGCUGAAAAAGACGCAAAAGAAAAGGAAGCUCGCCUCGCAAUACAACGUGCGGAACUUGAAGCCGCACAGGCAAGGGAGCGAGAACUUCAGCGCCAGCUUGAAAACAUGGGCGACGAGGAGUCUUCUUCGGAUGAUGAGGGCCCAAUUGAUCUUUCAGCCCAGGACAGUGUUCAUGAUUUCGGUCCACCACCCUCGGUCUCUCACCCAGCUCCACUUGCGGCGCCGCCUGCACCGCCCGUUCCAGCGAUUCAGGAGCCUAUCCAAGACGAGGAAUUUGAACAAACACCUACGCUCCAAAGCCCCGCGGUAACUCCCGAGUCUGUCAAACAAACCUUGCCUCCGGAUACUGAGUCCAGGAACCCAUACUUCCGCCAACUUAGCCAGUCCUCAGAAAAUCAACAGUUCGGAACUUCUCAAGUACCUCAAGCUGCUCCUGAGAUGCAAUCAACCAAUCCAUUCCAUCGCCUAGCACAGCAGGAAACCACCGCCAAAUCUACAUUUUCACCAGAUGCAACAGUUCCUGGACCGCUCGAACGUAAAUCGCGAGUUCGUCCUGAAGAAGACGAUUGGUCCGUUGCAGAAUCGGAGAACGAAUCGGACGAAGACGACGAUCGGGCCGCGGGCGGCAGUGCGAAGCAACUCGCAAGUAUUCUUUUCGGUACUAUGGCUCCUCCACGGCCGCUAAGCUCUAUGGACGACAAGUCGGAAUCGAAAACCGCGACGCCGGUUCAAGACGGCCCAAUUGCGCCUCCGCCUCCACCUCCGCUACCUGCAGCAGAGCCCGAGUCGGAACCAGAAUUUGAACAAGAACGAGAAACCAACGAUAUGUCUCCAGUGGCUCCUGAUGACUCUGGAUUUUACACACCACCCUCGAUCCCACCACCCCCUCCCCCGCCAAUCCCAAGUAUGGAAGCACCAGCGGGCUCACCCCCGCCUCCUCCGCCCCCCCCUGGUGCCGCUCCACCUCCACCGGGCGGAGCCCCACCCCCGCCCCCAGGUCCACCCCCACCACCCGCUCCACCUGGUUCCGCGCUAGGACCUACUGGACCAAGCGCUGGACGUGGAGCAUUGUUUGCUGACAUUAAAGCUGGAAAGGGCUUGAAGAAGGUUGCAACAAAGGAUAGGAGCGCGGCCGUAGCCGGUAGAGUAUUGUAG